AUGGGUGCAGCGAGUCAGCAGCAGCAGCAGCAGCAGCGGGCGGCCAGCAGCCCAGUGGAGCUGGGGCCGUCGUUCCCGCCGUUCCCGUCGCCCUCCUCAGUGGCCAAGCAGCGAGCAGCCGUCACGUACCGCCGCGCUGACGUCACUCUGCGCCGCGCUGACGUCACUCUGCGAUGCGCUGAUGUCACGCUGGGCGAGGAGGGGUGCGGCUUCAGCCUGCUGCUGCUGCCCUCGCCGCACUUCCCCCUGCGCGCUGCCUCCGUCACGCAUGAGCCUGCUGACAUCACUCUCCCUCACGCUGAGGUCACCAUCUCAGAGCCCCUCUGUGGCAACAAUGACAGCCCUCGCCCUGCCAGCCCUCGCCCUGCCAGCCCUCGCCCUACCAGCCCUCGCCCUGCCAGCCCUCGCCCUGCCAGCCCUCGCCCUGCCAGCCCUCGCCCUGCCAGCCCUCGCCCUGCCAGCCCUCGCCCUGCCAGCCCUCGCCCUGCAAGCCCUCGCCCUACCAGCCCUCGCCCUGCCAGCCCUCGACCUGCCAGCCCUCGCCUUGCCAGCCCUCGCCCUACCAGCCCUCGCCCUGCCAGCCCACGGCCAGCGCCCCCCGUGCCCUCCUCCUGCACGCUCGAUUCCCUCCAACCCCCCCGAGCUGCACUUGCCCCCAUCCCUGCUCUACCGCUCUCUCAUGAGGGCGAGGGCAAGGGCGAGCAGGGGUGUGGGGAUGUGUGGAGCAUGGGGGGAGGGGAAAAAGAGAGUGAAGGGUGCAGCAGGGAAGUAAUGGGCUUGGCGCUGCCUGCAGCAGUUGCUGUGGAUGGGGUGGUGGAGGGGCAUGGCAGCAUGAGUGCACACGAGUACAUGACUGGUGACAGGAGCUGCCAGGAGAACACUGAUGCGGUGCGCGUGCAAGUGGAUGGGAUGCAGUGGGGCAGUGCAUGUGCGGGAGAGGCGGUGCAGGCAGCACAUGAAUCAGGUGGAGAUGAGACUAGCGGGGAGGGGCGAGGCAGGCAAACACACAGGGAGGAGGGAUGUGGGGGGCAGCUGGGUGUGAGCAGGAUAGUCGAGGAGGGUGAGGGGAGAGGCAGUGGGUUGGAGGGGUGUGCGAGUGUGAUGCAUGGGGUGGAGGGGCGUGUGGAGGGAGGCUCACACACGCGAAGGCAACAGGUGUGGGAGAACAGGGCGGCUGCCACAUGCAAUGCUGGGGUGGGGGAGAGGGACGCAGACGCAGCACACGGGUGUGAAGGAGGUGAGGGUGGUAUAGAGGGGGCAGUGAGCAGUGGAGUUGAGUGUGCAGCAGCAGGGCAAGUGGGGAGAGGAGGUGUAGAUGAGGUAAAGCAGGGUGACCCUGUGUGGUGCGGGCAUGGCGGGGCGGGUGAUGUGGCGGAGUGCGAACGCGGGAGCUUGCCAGGCGAAGGAGUUGAGGCAGCUUGUGGGGAUGGUUCAGGGUCAGCAGGCGCGAGGGGGGCUGCCUGUGCUGGGCAGGGCGAGGGCGGUGAGAAGGGCGGGGCAGCUGUGAUGCUGCUGGGGCCGCAGCCGCUGCCACCCCUGCCUGCCCCCGAGGCCCUUUCGCUUGAGCAGUGGGUGGGCUGCGGUGCGCAUGGGUGGAAGGAAGCUCCCACAGCGGUGGUGUAG